AUGGGAGGAGACAUUGUGUUUGAGAUAGCAGGCUAUGCUGGCCGCAUUCAGCUACAUACCAAUCCUUUGUUUCUAGCAGUUUCGUGCAUUUGUCUGACGGUGCGCCAGGUUUCAUCAGCGCCGAUGGGCGGCUUGGUUACACGAGCAGCUUCAUUGUCGAGCAAAAAGAGAUACUGCGAACAAUGUCCUCUGUACCCCCUUCUUACGUGCCCACCCAGGCUGCCCUUCAAUCUGUCCGAGUCCAGUUACAAGGGAGGAUUUUCCGAAGCGUUAAUGGGUUCUUUGCCAAAUACUUUAAGGGGAAACCCUGGUCCGCAGCAGUCCAAAACAAGGUGCAAGAAGCAAAAUCAGCCAGGCCUGGCAGCAAGUUGGCUACGGGUGUCCCUGAUAGUGACACACUGGGAGAGUGGCUUGCCGAAUUCCAGGCCCUGUUCUGCCAACUUGCAUGUCCACAGCCAGCCGCUCCCCAACAUGGGUGGUAGUACCGUCAUCUACCUCGAGACAUCUGAUCGCCAGUCUGUUGCAGGCAGUACUAGAGCAUUUGGUGAAAUUCAUCAUGGUGACGCGCCCGUCGUGGCCGAAGCCGACGACGACGACGGCUUUCUGUCCUACUGCGAGCGAGCACGGCAGGUGUUCAAAGCCCAGUCAGCUCGAUGUUUUCUGCAUGGAUUCCUCGCCCGCGGUUCUACGCUGGAGCUCUGGAUCCGACAGCUGCGUCAUAUUCCAUCAGCGCAACAAGUUCCACCUCGACCGGAGCCAAUUGCGGCGGCGGAGUCCAUAAUUGGACUCGGGACGACCUGCUAUGCGGCCUCGGCAUCGACAACCGGCCAGCCAGACACUGCCAUCAAGUUUUCCUGGCGACACGAAGAAGAUCCCACUGAGCUCCGCCUCCUGAAGCUCGCGCAUGAGCGGAACGCCUGGGGGAUCAUCCGGCUGCUAGACCAUCAGGAACUGGUGACCAUCGCCGACCUCCGCCAGGGUCUGGACUUUCCUCGACCAUUCGUCAACCGGAGAUUCUCGUCCGUUGCCAAUACCCCUCUCGGCCGUCCGAUCCGCCAGUUCACGUCAAUUCCAGAGCUGCUGGAGGUCUUGCGCGACCUUGUCAGGGCGCUUCAGUCUCUCUACGUGAACGCGAGGAUCCUCCACCGCGAUAUCGCCAUCAAGAAUCUGAUCAUCACUCCACAGCACAGCGCAGACAGCUCAAAGGGUACGUUGCUUGAUUUCAACUAUGCGUUAGACCUCGCAAACGCCCGUCCAAUCGAGCCGAUGGUUGGAUCGGAUGGAUUCACGGCCAUCGGGAUUCUCUCGGGACAACGGCACACGUACCGGCACGACCUGGAGUCUCUGUUCUACGUAUUUCUCUGGAUCGCCAUUGCGAACGAUCGCGUGCAUGACGAGGCGACCGACAUUGUCAAAGGCCUACCUGAAACUUCGCGCCUCUGGAAGUGGUGCACGAUGGACUUUGGCGCCGUUGGACGGGACAAGGCCGCCGACAUGAGCCCCGAGGGUUUCGAAGGUAUCCUUGCCGAGUUUUCUCCUGACUUCGCUCCUCUCCAGGGUCUGGCCAGGGAGCUGCACACGCUGAUCUUCCCUGUGCGUGAUGGGAAGAUCUUCACGGGGACUGAAACAGACCCGGAGGCUGUCCAAAGGCUCUAUGACGGGAUGGCGGAUGCUUUCAGCCGGAGUGCCAGCGCAUUCCAGGGUUAG